AGAUGCGUGCCGCACACAAACACACUUUAACCGGACAUAGAUGAAGAGUGAAAGAAAACAGAAGAAAGAGUGUUUUUAACUCAUCUGACCAUCGCUCUGUGUGGUUUGGCGUCAGUUCAGUUCUGAAAUACUGAAAGCUGCUGUCUCUGCUAGUUUUAUUUUUUACACUUUUUCCUGUUUUUGAGUUGUUUUAACAUGGGUCUGACCAUUUCAGGCGCCUUCUCACGUCUGUUUGGGAAAAAGCAGAUGCGAAUUCUCAUGGUUGGACUGGAUGCAGCUGGGAAAACCACAAUCUUGUACAAACUCAAACUGGGGGAAAUAGUCACAACAAUUCCAACUAUAGGUUUUAACGUAGAGACGGUCGAGUACAAGAACAUUUGCUUCACUGUGUGGGAUGUGGGUGGUCAGGAUAAGAUCAGGCCGCUCUGGAGACACUACUUCCAGAAUACGCAGGGUCUGAUUUUUGUUGUGGACAGUAACGAUCGUGAGCGAGUGCAGGAAGCUGCUGAAGAGCUUCAGAAGAUGCUUCAGGAAGAUGAACUGAGAGACGCUGUUCUGCUGGUGUUCGCAAACAAACAGGACCUGCCGAAUGCGAUGCCCAUCAGUGAGAUGACAGACAAACUGGACCUGCAAACACUCAGGAGUCGAACUUGGUAUGUCCAGGCGACCUGUGCGACUCAAGGGACGGGUUUAUACGAGGGAUUAGACUGGCUUUCCGAGCAGCUCUCCAAACGCUAAACUGCACAACAAGGAUAAAUAUUUUUCCACAGGACGUGAUUUGAUGCGAUGAUGAUGAUGAUGUCACAGAAGCUGUUUGUGUAUCAAUUUCAAUUGAUUGUUACCAAAAAUUCACCUUCCGAUGUCCAUCUUUGGCAAUGCAGCUUCACGUUUUGCUCCUUUUUAAUUCUUUGUACCUUUGCAUGACUUGCAUUCUUUUCUCCAAAGAUUCAUUCCACUUUAUGUGUGUAAGGCAUAUACACCGAUCAGCCACAACAUUAAAACCACCUACCUAAUAUUGCGUAGG